GGUCCCGGUGCUGCAAGUUCAGCUUGGUAAACCUGCAACUUUUCUAUGUGCUUUACCAAAGUUUAGGUUUACCCAAAGAGAAAUCUACUGGUACAAACAGAGUCCUGGGGAUAAUUUGAGUCUGAUAGUUAAACUGAUCAUAAAACACCAAAAAUCAACAAUCUCCAAAGUUGGAACACAGUUGUCUGAACUAAGAUGGAAGACUAAUAAUAACAAAGAAAUGUCCAUUCUGACAAUUUUAACGAUAAAACAAGAGGAUUUUGGAAUGUAUCACUGUGCAAUUAAGGCUUCAAAUGGAAAUCCUGAAUGGAGUGCAACAAUUUUGAUAAUAAAAGGACAUAAUGCAGGGACUUUAAACCAUAAUGUUGUUCAAUGGCCAACUGCACCAGAUCCAGUCAAUGCACAAGACUCAAUGAUAAUGCAAUGUUCAGCUCUUUCUGAUGUUGAGAACAAGAUGUGUCCAGAAGAUAUCAGCAUGCUCUGGUUCACUACAAAAUCAGAGAAUUGUCAUCCAGAAAUCAACCAUACUGAUGGGAAUAGAUGUAAUCAAUUUACGAGGUCAGAUUCUCCACUGAAUUGUUUUCAUCACUUUUUUAACAAUGUCAUCUCCUCUGAUGGUGCAAAUGUUUACUGCACUGUUCCAUUAUGUGGAGCGAUACUGUUUGGAAAUGCAACGAAACUAGAAGCUGAGAAAGCAUUUACCAUUGAAAUCCCUGUCCUGUUUAUUGGAGUGACUUCACUAAUCAUUUCUGUGAUUGUAAAUAUUGCAUUCCUCUGUUACCUAGCUCCCAGGGCAGUAGAUAGACUAUUUAAAAGAGGCUCUUUUAAAGCAAGAGAUAAUACCAUCAAGCAAACUGCAGAAAGACAGGUCGAAGAAGAUGAUGCCAACUAUGCAGCAUUACAUUUCUCUGAAAGAAAAGAAAGAAAGAGAGGAAAGAAAAUUGUGGAAAUGAACAUGGAAGAAAGCAGGGCCUCGCCCUCCUUAUGAUGUUGAUAAGGACAAGAGAAAUACAUCAACCGAGGAGCCACCAACCGAACAAAACUGGCGUUUUGACUUGUUUCGGUGUUUGUGUGGAAGCUGCAUCUUGAUGAUGACUAUAGAUGAAUCAUGUUGCUGUCGUGAAAUAGACCAGAUUCUGGAAUAAACUGAUAACUAUUCACAACAGGUUUACAAUAUGAUGAUGGAGGAAGUGCAAGCAAUUUGCCUGAAUGAUGCUGUGUUACGGCUUGCCUUAAUAAGUAUGUGUCAAUUAUAUAAUAAUGAAAUGACACCAAAUCCAGCACCAAACAGACUUAUGUGGCUGACAGCGUAUAGACAGUUCGCUCUAUGGCUGUACGACAGGCUUGGUAAAAAAAUUGACGGGACAUACCGUCUUUCUUUGCCAUUAGGCAAAAAUAUCCUAGUGAUGAUGGAGUUUAUCUUGGCUUUAAAUAAGCUGACAAUGAUGGCUAGUUGUUUUCUGUAUGUUGAACUAAUAAAAAAGACAUGUAA